GUGAUGUUGCCAAACACAAAUCCUUGCUGGCUCGGUGUAUGGACAACAUCCGUGGAAAUAAGGAGCGCAUUGUCGUUUUGACCCAAGAGAGAGAUAUUGCUACGAACCAACUCCAGGACAAGAUAAAGCAACUGGACAUCAUGAAAGAAGAGCAUCAGAAGGAAUUGGAUUCCUUACGUUCAAGUAUGGAAUCCUCUGCCUUGAGUAUGGCAGAGACCAAGAAACAGUUGUUUGAGGAGUUACAGGCCAAAGAAGCAGAGACAGAGAGGAGUAAACAAGCUGUGGCUACCUUGGAAAAGCAAAUCGAAGAAAGGGAGUCCAGAUGGCAGGAGGAACUUCACCACAAACAGCAGGAGAUACAGGAAAAGGAGCUGACACUUCAGGAACUUCAAAACAGUGAAAGAGCUGAUGAUGGUAAAGAGCAGGACAGUGAAGCUGCUGUAGCUUCCAUUAAACAUGAGGUAAAAACAAAGAUACAGGAAUUAGAAUCAAGAACCCUAGAAUUAAAGGAAUCAAGAACUGCCUUAGAAACCCAGUUAAAUGAAAUUGGCCAAGUUAAACUGCAGUUAGAAGAGAAAAUACAGCAGUUAAUGAAAGAGAAAGGAGAGCUUGACAAUAGUGUCUCUUGUUUGAACAGUGAUAAAGCAGAGACAGAACAAAUGUUGACUGCUCUGAAGAGCCAGAAAAAGGAGCUGGAGGAAAAUGUGUCUGUAUUAGAAAGUUCUAAAAUUGAAAUGGAGGGUAAGAUUACUGAUUUAGAAAGGUGUAAAAUUGAUAUGGAAGAAAGAAUUAACUCUCUUGAGAAUUGCAAAACAGACCUAGAAUCCAAACUUUCUUUGUCUGAAAGCUCAAGGGAAGAACAGGAAGGCAAAGUAUUUACAAUUCAAAAGUAUAACUCAGAACUAGAAGGUAGAAUAUCCACUUUAGAAAGUUUGAAAAUGGAAUUAGAGGGGAAGAUUAGUGGCUUACAGAGUGCUAAUGAUCAAUUAGGAGAACAAAUAAGAGAACUAACUGAUAGUAAAAAGGAUCUGGAAGCCCAGUGUAAGGAGGUGAACAUGAAGGAACAGGACCUCCAGAGGCAGGUUGAAAACUUGCAAAAAGUACAGUCAGAUUGUACAGAUAGUGCUUCAGCUGCAUCUCAGGAAGUAAUGAGGCUAAAAGAAACCAAUGAGAAGCUGGAGGCUAUGCUUUGUGACAUUCAAAAGGAAAACAAUGACCUCAAAGCUGUUUCAGAAGCAUUAAAAACAGAGAAGGCAAUUGUAACAGAAAAGGUAAAUGAGCAACAGAAAACCAUUGAGGAGACCUUACUAAAACUUAAUGAUCUGCAAGCAAGAUUAAAUAUAAGUGAAGAGAAAAAUACCAAGCUCAUUGAGGAAAUAAAGAGUACAUGUAAUGAAAAGAUGUCUCUUCAAAACCAGCUUGAGGAACAAGAGAAAGAAAGGGAACUGCAGAAGCAGGCUCAUAGUAAAGAAAUUGAAGUUUUGAAGGAAGAAAAGGAAAAUAUCAUGAGUUAUUUGCAGCAGACCAAAUUGGAAAAAGAGGAAACUAACCAGAAACUCUUGAUUCUUGAGAGUGAAAAUGAAGAUUUGAAAAAGGAGAAGGAUCAGCUAAAUGAUGAAGUAAAGGAAUCCAAGGAAAGCAUGGACAGCAUCAGCAAGCAAGCUUUUGGUGAGCUUAUUACUUUAACUGAGAAGAUGGACAAGCUUAACAAAGACUGGUCUAUUCAGAUGGAGGAAAAAAACAAAAUAAAUGAAGACCUUAGUAAGAAGGUUUCUGAACUGGAAGAAAGUUUGAAAGUCAAAUCAGAUGAAUACAAGGAAAGAGUGGAAAAGCUAAAUGAGGAAUUGAAGACAUAUGGUAACUUGAAUCAGAUGAAUGAAGAUAUGAAAAAUGAACUUCAGAUGAAAGAAGACAAGAAUAAAGAGCUUGCUUGUAAAAUAAAGGAUUUAGAAAAGAGUUUGCAAGGUAAGGAAAUAGAAUGCCAGACCUUACUGGAUAAUGUCCAGAAAGGAAAUGAAGAACUUAAUAGCCGUGUAGCAGAACUGGAGUCUGACAUUAACAGCAGAGAGGUUGAGCUAACAGCUGCAGGUGAGGAGAAGAACAAGUUGAAUGCAUUGCUAGAGAAAGCUAAAGUUGCAAUGGGGAAGAUGCGCAUGGAGCUGACAGCCUUACGUGAAGAAGAGAUAAAGGUGAAAGAAGAAGCAGCUGCAGCGAAGAAGAAUGCAGAGAGACUUGUGGAAGAAGUGAGAAGGUUGACAGAGGAAAAUAAAGAAAAAGAAGAAGAAUAUAAUAGAGCUAAAGAAGAUAUUCUGAAGGCUUCUGUUACAGCUGAGGGGGAAGUUUCUAAAUUACGGGAAAGUCUUGGAAAACUGAAAGAAGGUUAUCAGAAACAUAGUAAAGAGCAGAAUGAUAAAAUGUGUGAAAUUGAAAAAAUCAACCAGACUCUAGAAACCAAGAAUAGUGAUCUGUUGAAAACCAUCAGUGAUUUACAGGCUUCUAUAAAACAGAAGGAUGAGAAGAUUGAGAAAUUGUUGAGUGAAAAGAAGACUCUACUUACAGAGCUUGAGAAAAGGGUUGAAGAUUUACAGAAUGAAUUGAAGUCUAAAGAAGAGUCAUUGAAGAAAGUUGUAACUGAGUUUGAGGCUAAGACAGAACAGCUGGAGGAACAGAUGCACAAUAACGAGGAGUCUCUGAAGGUGAAGAUUGAGAGCAGUUUACAGGAGAAACAUGAUUUGGAGAAGAAGCUAUCAGAACAAGUUCAUGCCACAAUGUCAGCAGAAGAACGACUUGUCAGGCAGAUGGAGGAAUCGGAAAGAAAAAUGGCUGAAUUACAGGAGACCUUCACCAAAAAGAGCAAAGACAUGGAGUAUUCUUGGGAGCAAAGGCUAAGGUGGCACGAAAUUGCUGAUUCUCUUAGUGCCAACACACGUUAUAUUGCUUUAUACAACAUGAUGAAAAUCUCAGUGAAAGGAUUACGGUUAUUGAAGCGACUAUGGAAGAAACUACUUCGAAACUUGCGGCGUCAGAAGCUAAGUGUGCGGAGCUGGAGGAAAGGCUCCAGCAGACCACGGCCUCCUGUGAGACCCUCACGCAAAAAAUAGAUGAGCUCACUGCCGAAAAUGACAACCUUACCCAACGAGUGGAAGACAUGGAGAAAGAGAAGGAGGGCACAGCCAAGACUAUAGCAAUGUUGGAGUUUAACAAUGAGCAUAACAAAGACAAGGUCCGAAACAUGGAACUUUCCAACAAUGACCUAAAGGAAACAAUAGCAUCCCUCAUGAAGGAGAAAGAGGAGCUAACAAGGCAGCUAAGAGAAGGUGCCUCUGGUGUGAUAGACCAAUACAUUAAAGAGAAAGAUGAAUUAGAGGAGAGAUUAACAAAGGAAAAGGAUGAACAACUGGAGAAGUAUGUUAAAGAGGACAAAGCCCUCAGAGAGCAGCUGGAAGGCCUCAUGGAGAUUAGACUUAGUUAUGAGAAACAGAUUAAACAAAUUGAGGAAAACAAUGCUGCGAUGCACAGAAAGAUCGGUGGCGUACAGACAGAGAGGGAUGUUGCCCUGAAAGAGGCAGCCCACACUAAGUCCCAAAAAGUUGAUCUGGAGAAGAAAUUUGAUGAUCUCACUAAGGUUAAGAGCACCAUGGAAGAAGAAAUUAUUACACUGAAGGGGACCAUUUCCAACCUUGAAGAGAAAUUAUCAUCACAAAAAAAACCAGGUGCAGACUCUUAAUGAGAACAUCAACACUCUGAAC